UCUACGAAGUGUCACGAACGAUACUAUAAACUUUAUUGUAACGCAACAAGGACUAAAAUCCUUGAAGAAUUCGUGACGGAAAUCGUACAAAAAUAGGAUUGCCAACAAUUCGAGUGACGUCACACAAAUGGAGCGACGGAGCCUUGAGCCUUCUAAAAUUACAUGAGAGCUCAAAGAAAAACAUUAUUCGAAGUUUACGCUCCAAUUUUCGCUAAGCUAUUUCACACACGAGUAAGUGGCACAGUGAACGACGCGAGUGGUUUUAAAAUAAAUUAGUUGGUAUCGAGAACAGUGGGAAGGUUUUAUUGUUGAAAACAGUUGCUUUGGUUACGAAAAAUCCCUUAAUAUUCGUGAGUAUCGCAUAAUUGUUGGUCGCUAAUGCAUACGAUCGAUGACAAUUACGUCGCAGCGCAUCGUUUAUUGCAAAAAUUGAAUUAAAAGUGUCCCGUGGCGAGCAGUCGUGUGUCACGCUAAAUCUUAUUCGGAUACGCUAAAAAUAAAACAAGGAGUGUAUUUUUGGGUUGUAUUUGGUGAUUUAGCGGGCGAGAGUUCGGGUAACACAUUAAAGAUGCAAAGAAGGCGCCCGUCCAGAUUGAAACCACACUAAGACAACCAACAAAAUGCCCGUCGUGUCUCCUUCCCGCUACACCCCCGCCACCUCCGCGCUCUCCGGCUCCUACCGCUCGACCCUCACCUCCUCCUCCAGCAUCGACAAGCCCUACUACAGGAACAGCAGCGGCACCUACGUCACAUCCACCGUGAGGAGCAGCCAUGGCGACCGCACCACGGAGUACAGAACCCGAUACAGCGACGUGGACGGCAAGAGGGAGAGGAAGACGUCCCUCGUGGAGUACACCAGGAGCUCCCGGGCGCCGAGCGCGGGGGACUCCGACAGCGGCAUCUCCAGCAGAUACCGCUCCGACAGAAGCGAGUCCAGAUCGCGAGACGUCUCCACGACUAGAAGCGAAAGUUCUAGAACUUCCGACUUGAACAGAGGCAAGAGGAACGUGCUGAGUACGGCGGCGUUGGCUAUGUCCACUGUAGAUUUUUACAAUAAGUACUCGCCCGCGAAUUACGUGCCAUUGACGCAGAGGAUACAGCAAGCCCAGGCGCAGAACAACAGCUAUGGGGAAAUCUCCCGGUCCAAGUCGAUAUCCAACGACAUCGGGCGGCCCCCGGCGUCGGACUGCCGGGCGCGGCGCGCGCGCAACUCCGCGGCCACCAUCACUGAGAAACCGGAAGGCAGAUACAAGGACUGUUCGCCCUCGCCAAGCUACAGCAAGCGCCAUUCGCUGGCCAACGGCGUGCGCGACACCAACGGCAACGACGUGCCCUCCGUGUCCGAGGUCCGCAAGCGCUUCGACCCCAAGAUGGCCGUGACCAAGCUGCCGGCCAACGACUCCCGCUAUCCCGCCAAAACUCUAGAGCAGUACCUGAGCCAGCUCAAGGACUGCGAGAACGGGACGGUCGGCUACACCAAGAUACACGCCAAAGACGAUCAGCCGGUGCCGGUCCACCUGCCGCACCUCGAGAAGAACGGCGUCGCCCACCGCUGGGACGGCUCGCCCAACUCCAGCUCCAGUUCCAACUCCGACCUCACCAUCAGCAAGACUACUUCCGAACCCGUGUCCCUCGCCAGGCCCUCCGUAGACAGGAACAGCGCGAUGUCCACGUCCCUCACCGCCAAGCAUCCAUCCGAACGAUUAGCUAGUAUUAAAAAUCAGUUGGACCCUAACAACCCGAUAGGAAAAAUUCUAGAAAAAUCCACAGUCAUCCAAGUAGAAAACGGAGAUUUAGAUUACGCCGAACGUAAAAAGAUCCGCAACAGUCCCGAAAUUAAAAUAAAAGAUCUGAAGAGUGAUAUAGAGAAGCAGAGCAAAACGCCGAAACACACGACCAACUUCGCUUCGUACAUACAGAUAUCGCAACCGAUCGCGUCCGGCGCCGCGCCCAAGAAGAGCAGCGAAGCGAUCAGCGAUAAGCCGGCGAAGAACAAGGACGCUAAGAAAUCUCUCAAGUAUAUCGAUUCGGAGGAAGAUCGCUCGGUGCUGGAUAACGAUGUGGAAUCUCCCAGCGGCACGGGCUUCGAGAACAAGACCUUCGAACACGAGAACUUCCUAAAGAAGAGAACGGAGGGCAGCGAAACGGACGCGAAGGACGAUGGCGUCAAGUCCAUGGAGACGAGCACAGAGAGCACCAUCAGCGAGUCCACGGAGGACUCUAGUCCGGAAACGCCGUCGUCUCGAACAAAGAUCCUGGACCUAAAGGACUAUGACUAUAUCAAAUCGGAGUUGGCCGGCGGCAAGAGCGGGCCGAGCGGACUCCGGCGCAGCUCCGAGCGGACUGAGAUCGGGGAGCGGACCGAGAAACACUCGCAUACGAGCGGUCUGAAUGGGCUGCGCAACAUCGGCAACACCUGCUUCAUGAACAGCGUGAUCCAGUGCCUGUCCAACACGCGGCCGCUGCUGGAGUACCUCGCCGACGACAAGUACACGGCCGACAUCAACACCACGCUCUCGUGCAUGAAGGGUGCUCUCAUCAAAGCGUUCGCGAGCGUGGUGAAGGAGCUGUGGCGCGGCGGCGAGCGCGACUCGGUCGUCAACACCACGUCGCUGAAGGCGCAGGUGCAGCGGUUCGCGCCGCGCUUCAUGGGCUACAGCCAGCAGGAUGCGCAGGAGUUCCUGCGCUACCUGCUGGAGGGGCUGCACGAGGACGUGAACCGCGUCACCAUCAAGCCCAAGCCCAUCCUCACGGAGAUCGACGACAGCCUCAGCGACUCUGCGAAGGCGGCCGAGGCGUGGUCGCGCUACGUGCGCAUGGAGGACAGCCGCGUGGGCGACACCUUCAUCGGCCAGCUCAAGUCCACGCUGCGCUGCACGCACUGCCACCACGACAGCGUCACCUUCGACCCCUUCUGGGACCUCAGCUUGCCGAUUCCAUCGCGCACCGGUAACCUCAAGCUGCAGCAGUGUUUGCAGCACUUCGUGAGAGAGGAGGAGCUCGACGGCGACGAGAAACCGACGUGCUCGAAGUGCGGCGUGCGGCGCAAGUGUCUGAAAUGGUUCACGGUGCAGAAGUUCCCGCAGGUGCUGGUGCUGCAUCUCAAGAGGUUUUCGCCAACGGAGCGGUUCCGCGGCAAGCUGUCGGUGGUGGUGGAGUUCCCGCUCAACGGCCUGGACAUGUCGCCCUUCGCCGCUGCGCCGACGCACGCGACAUACAACCUCUACGCGGUCAGCAACCACUCGGGCACGACGUACUCGGGCCACUACACGGCGUACUGCAAGCACCCCUACACCGGCGACUGGCACGAGUACAACGACUCCAGGGUGUCGACGAUCGCGCCGCGCGACGUGGUGUCGGCGGAGGCGUACGUGCUGUUCUACGAGCUGGUGCCGCGCGCGUAGCGCGAGCUGUAACCCAGUGAAAGUGGAGCGGGUCUGCUGCGAAGGUGUCCGCUGACCGUCGCGCGGUCGCACUGCGCCGUCACAUGACCGCCGCACCUGACCGCGCGGUGGUGCUCAGCUGAUGGUCAGCUGCUGACCGCAUGGCGGUGGUCAACCGACCGCCGUCACUCGACCGCGCGGCGGUCAACUGGCGUGACGUCACGGACACGUGCCUGCGGUUGUGCAUAGUGACGAGUGAAACUUGUGCGUGAUAUUACACUGGACUGUGCCUGUCUACUAACACCAAUCGAAAUUACAGUGAACAUAACAUAUUACAGAACAAGCCGGCGGCCUGUGCACGCGAGUUGAUCCAGCGGCUUGAGGCUACCGUACGAAUCUGUAAAGAAUCGUACAACAUCGUUACAAUUUACAACAUUACGGAGGGUAGUUUACGAAAACCUGUCCGGACUAUGUGACAUCACAAAAUGUAUACUAGCCUUUCGAAAAACAUUUCAAAACUAUACACCGUGCGAAAUGACGCGAGAGCUUUAUGCAAACUUACCUACAGUCUAGUUUUUUUUUUUGUUUUCUGGUAACCUUAAAAUCUAUGGACAUUUUCCAUUAAAAAUAUGUAAGAGAUCAUCCAUAUUGUACCUGCGGGUGAGAGUAAUUUGCGGCUUUUCAAAUUAACCUAACAUCACAAUUUUAGUUAUUACGCCUAUUUAUAUUUUAUAUUAAAGAAAAAACAUUUCUUUAAAAAUUGUGUCACACAUAACCAGUUUUAUCUAAAGGUAAGUUGUCCCGGCGCCUAAACCACUUGUGUAAUGAAGCUAGAGCUCCAAGCAGAGAAAGCGCCGGAAUAAACAGUGUCACUGACUUUUCACACAAUAUUACUGAUUUUUCGUCCUUUAUUCUAUAAUGAACAAAAUUGAAGUUGUAUAAGUACAUAAAAAUAACAGUCAUAAAAUAUGAAUGAGACAAGAGUGUCAUGAAGAGAGAGGAGACUUGUGUAUGACAGGAAAAUAUUUUACUUUAAUAUUAAAUAGUACAUAUUAAAUCAAAAGUGUUGAAUAAUUUGUUUAUUGUAGAAUAAAUCACUACUGAGCUUAAAAAAUUUACAAAAUGUGUAAAACGAUUUAAAAAAGUACCUGUGGAUUCGACAUCUGCACUUCUGCACUUGUUAAUCUUGUUAUUAUAGUUUUUAGACUAAAGUUUUAUCAAAAAAAGAGUAGCCAUUUAUUUUGAAAUCAUCUUUAUUGUAUUCAGUCGCUUACUUAAUUUGUUUGUGAGUGCUUAACACAAACAACCGCUGGACCGAUUGAAACUAAACUUUUACAGUUUUGAAAUAUAUACUAGUCAGAUUUAAAAACUGUUCGAACUUGGAUCAAAGAGUCAUGAACUCGAGAUACAUGACCUACAUGCGGGCGAAUCCGGGAGCAACAGCUAGUGUUAAUUGCUAUCAAAACCCAUCAUCCAGUACUUAUAUUAUUGAAUGUGGAUGUAAAUAUGUGCUCAUAAUAUGAUGUGUAACUGAUGAAAAUCAUGGAGUUCAAUUGUAUUAAACACCUAAGGCUCCGGCUACACGCUCCGCGCUCAGCUGCACGAGCCAGUUCGCGCAGUCGAGUGCGUGCAACACGAAGCGUGUAGCCGGAGCGUAACGGCAACUGCAUUAUUAGUCCAAAUAACUAAAUUAUAAUGUACUAACUCAGUCACAUGUAUAUUUUUGUAUAGUUAGGUAUAACCAUGCUAAUCUUGCUAAGAUUUAAUAAAAUUUGACAAUUUCCUGUGCAAGGCCCUUCAGUAUGUUAUGACGUGAUCUUACAAUGAAAAAUGGGACUUACGGGCGAUUGCACUCAUUCGUAUUCGAUUCGUUUUUGUAUUCCGACGAUUCGUAUUAGUAUAAACAAUAAUACGAAUCAAAUGAGUACACAAACGGAUGUUUAUGUUGGCUCCUUGGAAUCGUAUUUUGACGAAUACGAUUGUGUGCACAAACACCCUAAGUUUGGAUAUUUAUUCUGCGAUAUCUCAUAAAAUGUUUUAUUUGAUAACUGACAAAUUUCAAACCAUUGAUAAUUUAACAACAGUUACCAUAUCAGUUAGCUAUAUAAUUUUGUAAGUACAAGCGUAAGGCUGCCUUCACACUAGGGGCCCGUCGCAAACUCUUACGAUACGCGCGUGCGCUACAGGCUCAAGUUAGGGCUCGAGGUAAAACAGGCAACACUAAAGCGUUUUAGCCACACAUGUUUUUCCGCUAGGUCUGUCUCCCGCCUAAUUCGUGGCUCGCGUCGUGAAAGCAGCCAGUCUUGAAACAAAACUGGUGACUUUAAAGAAAAUGUAUAAAAUACGAAAGGAUAUAAAAAUAGAUGAUAUAAUAAGAACGCCUUUGGGGCGUCGACAUUCGUCCAUAAAACGCUUCGUCUGUCAAAAACAUGAACUAGAGAGUAAAAAUAUAUAUUUUGCAAAGAGUUUCACACAUUUAAUAUUAUUGAGAAUCUGGUAUUUCCGUAAUAUUGAAUUUAAUCGGAUUAUAUUCUUCAAUAUCGUCUCGAAUUUUUUUUCAUGGUCAACAUAAAAUAUGAGAUUGAAAUUAAUAUUCAAUAAUGAUUGAAUGUGUGAACUGGGACCCCCAUCGCCUCGAAAGUCGAAAGUAGGGAGUGCAAUUUUAUAAAAAAAAAAAAAAACAAAUGAACAUUAUAUUUUAUUAUUUUAAAAAUUUGCCUGAAUUACUGGGGAAAUACGAAACAAUAAUUUUUAUUUAAAUAAAAAUUAGCAAGUAGACGUAUAGGCGAAACAUUCACCAUAGAGUAUAAAACGCGUUCGUGCUUUUGACGGUCAAGUCAGUGUUGCUAUAAUAUUAUAAUUAUAUAAAGAGGUUAAAAGCUUUGUUGCGGCGUGAUUGUUUUUGUUUUUUUUGUUGAUAUUCUGUGAUAUACGAGAAAGUACGAAAACAGAGAGUUUGUACAUCUUAGAUAUCACAUUAUAUCAAAUUAUUUCGAAUAAUUUAUAUAGAAAUAUUGAUUGUUGAUAAUUAUAGUAACCGAGGUUGUCGUUCGAGUUCGUUAGUAAUGUUAUCGCAGUUUGACGAUUGAUAUGAACCUAAAGCUGGGUUGGUAUGAAUUGACAAAAUCGAAAUAAAUAGUCAAUUGAACGAAAACCUCAAGAUCCUUUGAUCCACAAAUGAAUCUUAAUUAGCCAAAGAUAUGAAUGAUUGCUAAAUUGUUAAAUCGCUGUAUUAUUAAUAUUAAAAAUUAAUUUAUUAUGUUAUUUUAAUUGUAUUGUAUUUUAAAAUAUUGGACCGGUUUGCGAGGCUCGCCUCACUAACUCCUAUGUACAUUACGUAACAGAUUUAUAUGAUAGAGUAUAUAUUUAAAUGAGUAAAUUAUUAUUAAAAUU